GGUUACAAACCGGUUCGUUUGCUUCAUUCAAUCAAUAAGGGUAACCGGUUCAUGUUUUUGGUUCGUUUCGGUUGAAUCCUUAACUGUUUUAACGGUAAAAAGAACCACAGUCGUUUCCUUCUUCUUAUCCAAGAAUCUCUGAUACGAUACGACUCAGAAUCUUUCUCAGAGCGCGCUCAUGGCUUCGUCUUCAAGGCGUUCAUGGUCGCUGUCCCUUAUGCCACCGAAGAUACUACAAGAAAUCUUUUACAAGACUCCGGCGGAAGCUCUCAUCCGAUCAAAACCCACGUGCAAGGAAUGGUACGCUCUCAUCACCGACAAAAGAUUCAUCAACGAACACUUCAACCGCUCCAAAGAACACUUCAUAAGAAUCUUCGAUGAUACGGUAGAAAUCAUGGAUCCAGUGACCACAACAAGCUCAGUUUCAUCAGUCCCAGACGAGCUACGACAACAUCCGUACGAGAUAACUUUGGUGUACCCACUCAUGGUUCACUGCGACGGACUCAUGCUGGUUGCGUACGAUAUUGAUGAUUGUAGUUGCGGAAGCGACGGAUCAAGACUCCCCAACCUCGCGCUUUGGAAUCCUGUUUUGAAAAACCUCAGAUGGGUCGAACCCUCACGAGGUAUCACGAGUUAUGAUCUCCACGGGAUUGGAUACGACAAGAACAACCGUAGCGAUGGUUACAAGAUCUUGAGGUUUAUUAGGGUCCCUGGGGAGGUCCAGGGUUAUGGAGAUGUUGAGAUUUAUGAGUGCAAGACGUGUUCUUGGAGAACCCUUGAUGUCGAGCUUGAUUAUGCAGGUGUCAUGCGUAAAUGGGUGGCUGUGAUGGGUAACAUGUAUUGGAUUGCUUAUACAGUUGAAGAAGAUGAUGAAGAAGAAGUGUUCAUUCGUUGUAUCGAUUUCUCAGAUGAAACGUUCAAGGACAUAUGCUUCUGUCCAACCUCUGAUUAUGAUAAUAGUCACCUAGCUUUUUUCGACGGAGAUAGCUUGUCGUUGCUACAACAAGACCAAGCGUCGAAGAAGAUCCAAGUGUGGGUUUCAAGCAAGUUGGGUGAUGGUGAUGUCUCGUUUAGCAAAUAUUUCAGCUUGUCCGGUUCGGUUCUUCCGGCGUUACGGGUCCACGAAAAUGCGGCUAGUCCUGUCUACUGCUUUGUGAAGCCGAAGAGUAGUGUCAUCGUCUGGUGCGUGGGAGUUGAAAGAGAAGGUGAUAAGGUUUGUACUUGCCUUACUAGUUAUGAGAUUGAUAAGGAUGGGGUGAGAGAUAGAAAGGUGACAAAACGAUACAACGUGCAUGACUUUUCUGGGGCCUUCGUCUGUGGCUACGUGUACGUUCCAAGUAUGAUCCCUCUUCCAUGGGCAAGAGAUGAUUAGGGUUUUUGUUUCGUGUUCUUCAAGCUUUCGUUUUGCUCUUUGUUCUUUGAUCUUCUGCCAUAUGUAUAUAUCUUGAAAGGAACUAUGAU